AUGGUAAGUAACAAACCAUGGUUCGAUCGCCUACUGCAUGAGACUGGAGAUUUUUUCUGCUUUGGAAUCGUUGGCGGGUCGGCUUUUAACAUGUCCCCUAAAGGUGAGCGCUUCAUCCGGGGCUUACAAGCUGUACGCGUGAACGCCCCCCUUUGUGCCAGCUACUGUGCCGUCUGGGGCGGUCUUACGUCUGUCUUCGAGAGUUCUAUGAAAUAUGUAAGGCAGAAGGAUGAUACAUGGACUUCCAUCCUCUCUGAUGUCGCUGCCGCAGGAUUACUUAAUAUGCGCAGAGGCCUUGGCCCUUCUUUAAGCUCGUCUCUCAUUGUUAGCUCGACAAUGGAGCUAGUAGAGGGUUAUUUGGUUGGACAAAAUAGGGUCGCGAGUAAUCUUCAGUCCCCACAGCCGAACUUUGAGGAGUUGCAUAAGAAGCAGAAGAGGGGAGGAAUAAAGGGGUUGUGCUAUGGGAAUGAAGGGUACGCUACUGGGUUGGACAGUGGUUACAGAAGCUGGGCUUGGGCAAUGGGCUGUAGCUCCGCCAAGGGACUGAUCCACCAGGCCGGUGAUGGAACCAUGGUUAAGAGCAAGCUCAAGCAUGUAAGCUUGGUGGCUCAAGUUGGUGAUACUCAGGACACAAAAGAUGUCAACACUCUGAUAUACCACAAUUAUUUUACUGAAAUCAGUCAUAGAAGGCUUCCGAAUAUAAAAAAUGGGGAAAAGAUAUUCUUUAGAGUGCUCGAGAUUCUGAGAGGUGUGUACGACUUCUAUCCUGGAAGUACUAAGAGCCGCAAACCCGACACUCCAACUAAAGAAUUUGAAGUGCCGGAUGCUGUGGAAUUUAUUGUCCUGACAUUGCCAUGA